AUGGAAUAUCUGGUUCGCUUCGCUCAGACGCAUGAGACUUUCCGACGGCCGGAAAUUCAAGCCUGCGCCGCAGUCGCGGGCGUCGACAUUGAUAUCCUCUCCUACAAUGAAUUUUCACCAUACUGUGUCGUAAGACUACCAGACGAAGCUGCAGCGCGCGCAGUCGCACAGCGUAGUAUUCUGGUCAAAGACAUUUUUGAGCUCUGGGGCGAAGGCGCCAACUAUGAAGAGCUACAUGCAGAUGUUCGCCGACGAACCGAGCAUCGUUGGAAAGACUAUAUGAACGUUCCAUUCAAAUUCAUGAUUGAUUACUUCUCAGGGACGCGGAGUCAAGAGAAGAAGGGAGAGAUCAUCAAAUCAUUCUCAUACAUGGGAUUCAAGGGCCCGAUCCGUCUUAAGAACCCCGAUGAGGAAUUCUGGGUUAUGGAAGAAUACAUCGACGACGUUGAAGUCUCGGCACUGGGAGUGUCAAGGGUGGAAGAGCCACGAAAGAUUUUCCUCUGUCGUAAGAUCGCUGAGAGCUGUCGGGAGGAUAUUCUCAAAUACGAUCUCAAGAAACGUCGUUAUAUCAGCACGACGUCCAUGGACGCGGAGUUGAGUCUCAUCACGGCAAACAUGGCUCUUGCAGCGCCCGGAAAGUUGUUCUUUGAUCCGUUCGUCGGAACUGGAAGCUUCAUCAUCGCUGCUUCCCAUUUCGGGGCUCUGACGAUGGGCGGAGACAUCGAUGGUCGCAGCUUCCGUGGCAAGGAGAGUGGGAAGUUGGGGAUAUACGAGAACUUCGACCAAUAUGGAAUCAAGAGUAAGUUCAUCGAUACCUUUACUUCGGAUCUCACGAAUACGCCACUGCGGAGAACCGGCGUCCUCGAUGGCAUUGUCUGCGAUCCGCCGUACGGUGUGCGCGAAGGGCUGCGGGUUCUGGGAAAUCGUAAGGGGAAACCCGCGGUCAAUGUGAUUAUUGACGGCGUUCCUGCUCAUCUCCGACCUGGCUUUAUUCCUCCGAAGAAGCCGUAUGGCUUCGAGGCUUUGCAGAACGACGUUCUCAACUUCGCGGCGCGUUCGCUGGUUACGAAUGGCCGCAUGUCAAUGUGGAUGCCAACGACAAAUGAUGAGAAACAUGAGUUCCCUGUUCCGAUGCAUGAGAAUUUGGAGAUCGUCAGCAUCUCUGUUCAGCCUUUCCACACUUGGUCUCGCCGGCUUAUAACCUACCGCCGUCUACCGGAGGGGCAACUGUCUGAUAUCUCAAAGGCCCGGAAAAAGAUGGACGACCAGGGUCAUAGUGCGGAUGAGUUGAAUGCAUUCCGGCGAACGGUACCAUAUGCUCAGAGGCCAUGGGACUCGGGCCAACUAAGGCAAACAAAGCCACAACGCGACAGGGGUUUGAUGUGA